AUAGCGCUGAGUCUGUAGCCUCUCUCACGUCCGACUACAGGAAGAAACCGGCUGUUCUGUGACCGAAUCGGACUACCAAAGCUACGGUCGACUGGAAAGUUUUACUCAUUUUAAGGAGUGACAUCAACGAUUGCUUUCAGGUGGACACAGACGUUAUCAAACGAGUGCGCGGUGCAAAUCUCACACAAGUGAAAACCUUUACACCCGUGAUGGACCCGAGAGACACUGCACCUGAUUCAUGGGAACAAGAGGACGAUGCGGAGGCCACGAUCGACGGGCAACUUGAAUCGGCGUUAACGGCGCUGAAUGUGAACGCCAAACCUUUUGUCCCCAAUAUAAACGCCGCUGAAUUUGUCCCGGCCUUCCUGAUGAAAAUGCCUUCGGCAAACGUGGAUUCCGGCGUUCCCGUUGAAACAGUUGCCACCAUGGAGUUGUCAGAAACUGUUGCUCUGAUGGAGAAUGGUGAUGCAGAAAUGACCACAGAGGAGACGUGGGAUGAGAAAGGGACAGAGCCAAAUGAGGCAGAGCCAGGAGGCAAACCUAGCAAUGACAGGGCACCUGCAAUGGAGACCAGCCCAGAAAUUAUGGAGGAGGAGGAAGUGCCAAUGCCAAAGGUGACACCUGCACAGCCAGACGCACCCAAGAAGGAACAUGUCAACGUUGUGUUCAUCGGCCAUGUAGAUGCUGGGAAGUCGACAAUUGGUGGGCAGAUCAUGUAUCUAACGGGCAUGGUAGACAAAAGAACUCUGGAGAAGUAUGAGAGAGAAGCCAAAGAAAAGAACAGGGAAACCUGGUAUCUCUCUUGGGCUCUGGACACAAACCAAGAAGAGCGGGACAAGGGAAAGACAGUGGAAGUGGGCCGAGCAUAUUUCGAGACAGAUAAAAAGCACUUUACCAUCUUGGAUGCCCCAGGUCACAAAAGCUUUGUGCCCAACAUGAUUGGAGGGGCAUCGCAAGCUGACCUAGCUGUACUGGUCAUCUCGGCCAGAAAAGGAGAGUUUGAAACUGGCUUUGAGAAGGGUGGACAAACACGAGAACAUGCCAUGCUGGCUAAAACAGCGGGGGUAAAGCACCUGAUAGUCCUGGUAAACAAAAUGGAUGACCCCACAGUCAACUGGAGCCUGGAGAGGUAUGAAGAAUGUAAGGAGAAACUUGUGCCAUUUUUAAAGAAGGUGGGCUUCAACCCUAAAAAAGACAUUCACUUCAUGCCCUGCUCUGGCUUGACGGGAGCCAACCUCAAGGAACCUGCCGAAUUAUGCACCUGGUACACUGGGUUACCAUUCAUUCCACACCUGGACAGUUUGCCAAAUUUCAACAGAUCGAGUGAUGGCCCUGUCAGAUUACCGAUUGUCGACAAAUACAAGGACAUGGGCACCGUAGUUCUAGGCAAGCUGGAGUCGGGCUCUAUCAGCAAAGCACAACAGCUGGUCAUGAUGCCAAACAGGCACGUUGUGGAGGUGUUGAGCCUGUUGUCAGAUGAUGUGGAAACGGAUGAUGCUGGUCCAGGGGAGAAUCUCAAGCUGCGGCUGAAGGGUAUUGAAGAAGAGGAAAUCCUGCCCGGUUUUAUUCUGUGUAAUGCUGAGAACCUUUGCCACUCGGGCCGCACCUUUGAUGCCCAGAUCGUCAUCAUCGAACACAGGUCCAUCAUCUGCCCAGGUUACAAUGCAGUACUUCACAUCCACACCUGCAUUGAAGAAGUGCAAAUUACAGCCUUAAUUUGUCUGGUAGACAAAAAGACGGGGGAGAAGAGUAAGACACGACCACGCUUUGUUAAACAGGACCAGGUGUGCAUUGCCCGCCUUCGCACCGCUGGAACCAUCUGCCUUGAAACCUUUAAAGAAUUCCCCCAAAUGGGUCGGUUCACCUUACGGGACGAAGGUAAGACCAUUGCCAUUGGCAAAGUGUUAAAGCUUGUCGCUGAACGGGACUGAAGAUGAAACAGUUGCAUGGGAGUCCUGGUGAGGAGGCAAGGGCAGAGCUUCGUCGUAACCUGCCAAACACGGCUGUCAGCCGCGACGACUUCUCCCUCUAACAAACCCGUCUCCUCUCACCCUUCUGCCUGCUGCAGAUCAGCUUCAGAAACGUUCUGUGAAAAAGAAACCUGUUAAGUCCACAUGAGUCGGCUUUCUCAUAUUGAGAGCUCAGCUAUGCCAUUUUGGGUUAGCCCUCCCUCACCCUCCUUUUCCCCCCAUUUACCUACCUGGUCUACUCAUAAUUAUACAGAUUAUUUUUCUUUUAUCGUUUUUCUGCAUUCAUGAAUAUAAUGGCAGUAGUGAUAUCUGUAAAACAGAUGUGGACCAGGAUAUGCUUGGGAUACAAAAAACAAUUUUCAAAACAUUUGCUACAGAAAAUGUUUGAAAACAUAUAACCAGUUGAGACCAAAAUUACUUGGUUCUUCAUGUCUCCCUUUGCCCUUUUUUUUUCUCUCCCCCCCCCCCCAUUUUGGUUUCUCAUAUGGCGUUCUGGCAGCGUGCUUGAGCGUAUUCCCAUGUUACUAAAACAAACAAAUAUGAAAAUAAAAUGUUAAAUUGGAGAAAAACAGCAUGUUGGCUUGCUUGAAUGUUUUUAAUGUUGAUUUAUUGCUCUGAUUUCCCUUGUUUAAUUUGUGUGCGAAAUACAUAGCCACAGACAUGUCAGAAUGAAGCAGUUUUCCAUUCAGUCUGUUUUUUGUUUUUUUUUAAAUUUACAGUUUGAAAUACCUACCACUUAAGAGAAGAGACAUUUUUUUCAUACUGUAUGAUAACCGUAUCACCUGGAUUUAUUACUGGCUUCCAAUUUGGGUGUUUGAAAAGCCUUGGCACAAAUAACUUUUUGGUGUUCAAAAUGAAUGAUAAAGCAGUGAGGCAGGAAGAUUUACACUAUGCAAUCUAAUACAAGUGUUUCAUAAGUGAGUGUGCUCAAUGGGGCAUGUUUAAUUUCUA